AUGAAGAGCCCCAUUACCGUUCUCCUGCAGCUUGGUGCUGUGUAUACUUCAAUUGCAUCAGCCUGUAAGCUAAGUGACCUCCCCAUAUUCUCGAGCCAUGGCAGAGAUGGAUUAAACCAGUGCGUUGAGUUCAGAGAUGAACAUAUGCUUACUGACAGGUUGAUAGAUCCCCAAGCUUGCGAUAUCCCCCGGCUCAUUGACGCCACUGCCGACCAACUUCAAGAUGGAUUGACUAAGGGGUGCUUCACCAGUGUUGACCUGGUUAAUACUUAUGUUGCUAGAAUUGCGGAGGUCAACUCCACGGUUCGAGCGGUCACGGAGAUCAAUCCCGAUGCCCUUACCAUUGCAAGGCAGAUGGAUAGAGAGAGGAAGCAGGGCAAGCUUCGAGGCCCUCUUCAUGGCCUACCAAUCGUGAUCAAGAACAACAUCUUCACAGAUGACAAGAUGAGCUCUACUGCUGGAUCUUAUGCCAUAUUCGGUGCCCGAACAUCCGCUGAUGCCACUGUGGCCGCAAAGCUGAGAGAGGCGGGCCUGGUCAUCAUGGGCAAAACCGGUGCUUCUCAAUGGGCAAACUUCCGAUCGAUCAACUCCACUAAUGGCUGGAGCGCAUUCGGUGGCCAGGUAACGGCUGCGUAUAUUAAGAACCAAGAUCCCAGCGGAAGCUCCAGCGGCAGUGGUGUUGCUUCUGAUCUUGGAUUGGCCUUUGCAACCUUGGGAACCGAGACAAGCGGCAGCAUUGUUAGCCCCGCUGAAAAGAGCAACAUCGUCGGUCUCAAGCCCACAGUCGGUCUGACUUCUCGCCGUUUCGUUGUCCCUGUCAGUGAGCGCCAGGACACCAUUGGCCCCAUGACCAGAUCAGUCAAGGAUGCAGCCUACCUGUUGCAAGUCAUCGCGGGCAAGGACUCGAAUGACAACUAUACCUCCGCAAUCCCCUUCGACACCAUUCCUGACUACGUCAAGGCAUGCGACAUCAAUGCCCUCAAGGGAAAGCGUAUCGGCGUUCCUCGUAACGUUAUCAAGAUCUUCGGUUCACAGAAGACGGCGGUAGCACAAUUCAACCAGGCACUGGCUGUUAUGAAAAAGGCCGGUGCUAUCAUAGUUGAGAACACCGACUUCACUUCCUUUGCUGAAUUCGCUCAGAGCCCUAUCCCAGACGACAUCCUGUAUGCCGACAGUCUGACCAACCUGCCCGAUUUCUUCAAGCACCUCAAGGUCAACCCUAACAACAUCACUGACCUUCAGAGCCUUCGAAGAUUUACUCAACAUCACCGCCUGGAAGAGUAUCCCAGCCGCGACACGGCCAGAUGGGACAUCGCCCUGCAAAAGGGGGUGAGAAACACUGACCCUGAGUUCUGGCCAAUGUACCAGAAGAACUUGAAGUUUGGUAACGAGGGAGGCAUUCUUGGUACCUUGAGGCGCCACAAGCUUGAUGCUGCCGUCCUACCUACUGAUCUAACGCCAUAUAUCCCCGCACUUGUAGGGUCCCCCAUCAUCACCGUCCCGAUGGGCGUGUAUCCAAACGGGACAAAGGUGAACCAUGACAGAGAGCUUGUCACCUCGGGUCCUGGAAUUCCUAUCGGCAUCGGUUUCAUGGGUGAUCUCUGGAGUGAGGAGAAGCUGAUUGGAUUAGCAUAUGCCUUUGAACAAAAGACCCGUGCCAGGCCAAAGUUCAAGAGAUUCAUCGAGCCCAAGAAGGAAGUGAAGAAUAUCCUCUAG